AUGAGUAGAAGUGAACAAAUUUGGACUUAUUUAAUUCAUUAUUUCCGUUUUUUAUCUUCAAAGAAUGAGCCAAUAUUUCCUUUAAUUGAAUUCUUUUUAAGACUAACUAUUUGUAUUCAACCAAAUGAAGGAAAAAUUAGCCCUCAAGUUCUUGAUCAAACAUGGCCAGAAAAUAUUCAAGCAUUUUUAAUGACACUUAGGGAAAUUGGCCUUAUAUUUAUUCGAAAAAGAAAGGAUGGAGAAAUUGGAAAUGGAGGAGAAAUUGUGGAAAAUUCAAUGGAAAAUAAAGGAGGAGGAGGACUAAACAAAAAUGGAUUUCUUAUUGUUGAAACAAAUUAUCGUAUUUAUGCUUAUACAAAUUCAACACUUCAAUUGGCAAUAAUUUCGACAUUUGCUGAAAUUAUUUAUCGAUUUCCUAAUGUUUCUAUUGGUGGGAAUUUUAUUUAUCCGAGAAAAUAUUCUUUAAAAUCUACGGGUAUAACAGCACGUCAAAUUUGUCAAUAUUUACGAUCAAAUUCUCAUCCUCAAAUGCAGCAACAACAUUCGUCAUCUAUUCCUACGUCGUCAACCUCAUUGAUUCCUGUAACAAUUACUGAUCAGAUUUAUUUAUGGGAACAAGAGAGACGAAGGUUUACGUGUUCGGAAGAAGCCGAAUUUGUCGCAUUUCGUGAUUUUUCACUUGAAAAUAAAUUUGCAUUUUGGUAUUGCAAUAUUUCAAGGCAAGUUCUAAUUGAUUCAGAAUGGGAUGGACGUGCUAAAGAUUGGUGGACAGAAUAUAGAAAAACUUUAUGAAAUGACCUAACUUCAUUUUUUACAUUAGUAUUUAUUUUUUAUUAAUUUAUAUUAGGCGUAAAUUUAAAAAAAAUUUUUUACGUGUAAAAUGUUAAGUGGGGGAACGUUUUUAAGUGUUUUAUUGUGACCGGUGAGAAAGAUUUUAAGAGGGAGAGGAAAAUUAGCUCCACUUUUAUUAAAUCUUAUUAAGGAAAGAGAGAAGGAGGGGAAGGGGGUGAAGACUUGAGAGGAGUGAAUUUUGGUUGUUUUUUUUGCAUUUUAGAAUAGGAACCAAAAUUAAUAGAGAAAAGAAAUUAUAAAUUUUUAUUUAGGGCAUGUGUUACAAGAAAUAAUAUAUUUUUAAGAAAGGAAAAAAAAUAUAAUUUUUAUGAGCUUUUGCACUUGUAAAGGAAAGAAAAUAUAUUUUGUGUGUGUGUGACCGACUGAUUUUUAAAAAGGAAAAAAUUUUUUCUUUCCUUUAUUCUUUUAAAAUUCUUCUCAAUUGUUGACAGACACUUGGUUUUUCGACCUUUUAUAAUUGUUAUAUAGGUUUGUUUCAAUUUUCUUUUUCCUUUUCUCUC